AUGGCAGUGAAGACGGACAUAAGUAAAGCAUACGAUCGGCUUGAAUGGGAUUUCAUAGCUGCAGUGCUAGAGAGACUCGGAUUUCACCAACAUUGGAUUGGUCUAAUCAUGCAGUGUAUCUCGUCAGUUACAUAUUCCUUCCUCAUCAACGGUUCGCCUAGAGGAAAGGUUAUACCGAGUCGAGGGAUUCACCAAGGCGAUCUCCUCUCGCCCUACAUAUUCAUAUUAUGUAGUGAAGUGCUCUCGGAUCUUUGUAACAAAGCACAAGCAGAAGGACGCAUCCAAGGCAUUAGGGUUUCUCGGGGGAGUCCCCGGAUUAACCAUCUUCUUUUCGCGGAUGAUACUAUGUUCUUCCUAAAAGCGGAAAGAGAGUCGACUUUAGCUCUCAAAGAAAUUAUGCAUCGUUAUGGGACAGCGUCUGGUCAAUCAAUUAAUUUUGAAAAGUCAUCUGUUACCUUUUCACGCAGAGCUCCGGCUGAACUGAAAAAUAUGGUCCAUACAGAGCUUCAAAUCCAAAAAGAAGGCGGUGUUGGAAAGUAUCUCGGGCUUCCAGAAAUUUUCGGGAGAAAGAAGAAAGACAUGUUCUCGUCAAUAGUGGAUCGUAUUGUCCAAAAAGCAAGCAGUUGGUCUAACCGGUACCUAUCCGCAGCAGGAAAGAUGGUAAUGCUUCAAAGUGUUCUCUCCUCUAUACCAUCCUACUCCAUGACCUGCUUCAAACUGCAUGUAUCUCUUUGCAAUCACAUCCAAUCAGCGUUAACGCGCUUUUGGUGGGAUGACAAGACGGGGAAGAGAAAGAUGGCAUGGUUAGCUUGGGAUAAAAUGACUCUGUCUAAGAGUAAUGGUGGACUGGGCAUACGGGACGUGCAAGCUUUCAAUGAUGCCUUCUUAGCUAAAAUUAGCUGGCGGCUAAAAGAAAACCCCGACUGUCUAUUGGGCAGGAUCUUAUUGUCUAAGUACUGUCCAGAUGGAAAUCUUCUAACUUGUACUGCCCUGUCCGCGGCUUCCCAUGGGUGGCAGAGCAUUCUGUUGGGUAGAGAUCUUCUGGUAAAAAAUCUGGGUUGGAUAGUAGGAGAUGGAGCGUCGAUCAAGAUAUGGGAUGAUGCUUGGCUGAGCCUCGAAGCCCCGUGUAGACCUAUGGGACCUGCAACUAGUGAGACGGCUUCAUUGUGCGUAAAAGACCUUAUUCAAGAAGGGAAUGGCGAAUGGAACAGAGAAUUUGUGCAAACAGUUCUACCUUUUGAGGAGGAAAGAGUGUUGAGUAUCACUCCCAGUACAAAAGGAGCCUCGGACGUUCUUAAAUGGCUGGGAACUAAGACAGGAGAGUACAAGGUCAAAACAGGAUACUACACGGCCAUGGCCGAAGUAACUGAAGAAAUUUUGGAGGGAGAAGCUACCCCUGAGUUUGACUGGAGAAGAACAGUAUGGAACCUAAAAAUUGCUCCAAAGGUUAAGAUGUUUACCUGGAAGUGUUUGAAAGGACUAACAUCCUCCCCUCUUGUGCCCUGGAUCCUUUGGGCAUUGUGGAAGGCUCGCAACAAAUAUGUUUUUGAGAAUUUUGAUGGGAGUCCGGCAGACAUUUUAUCGCAAGCAAUAGGUGCAACAAAAGAAUGGGCCGCAGCGCAAGACAAAAAAGAAAGAGGCAGCCAAAGGGUUACCCAACCCCUUCCCCAUGAAGCUGGAACAGUCGCAAGGUCUGAUGCUGCGUGGUCGGCGUUAACAAAGAAUGCGGGUCUUGGCUGGGUCGUGGUGACUCGAGAACAGAGGACUCUGUUUAAGCUAGGAAUCGCCUUCACCCCCUCAGCCCUAGUUUCUGAAGCCCUAGCCUUGAAGGAAGCGGUGAUGGCUUGUUUCAGGAUAGGAGUAAAGGAUGUGAGAUUUGAAUCAGACUCAAGGAUGCUGAUUAACGCCAUCAACGGCAAAGACCCUCUGUUUGAGAUUUACGGAGUUGUGGAGGAUAUCCACAUUCUAUCUAAUGCUUUUGAUGAUGUUAGCUUUGCUUGGUUGUCGAGAGAGAGAAAUGGUGAGGCUGAUAUGCUUGCCAAGAAUGCAUUAAGGGUUGUAUGA